UUUUCUCCAAAAACGUCUCCUUUUUUCUCGCUUCUCUCUCUUUGGAAGUCCGUGGUUGGUGGGGAACUCCGAGGGGGGGAUUCGGUGUUCUCGAAGCCUUUCUACGCUCUUCCCCUCUGGCGAUUGAUUCGAUCCUUUGGGGAACGCGAGUUCCUUGAGAUACUGGAUCGUUCAAAGGAUGGUGCUUUCUCUGUGCUUGAAUGGUGUUAGCUUCAUUGGUACUCGGCAGCUUGACUUGGGUUGGAGCAGAGACCUGUCUUUGUUUGGUUUCUGUCAAUCUAAAGCAGGAAGGAAAGCAAUAAAUAAGUCCAUUGCUUUGCGUAUUCAGGCUGUGGCUGCAAAGCAGGACCUUAAUUUUAAGGAUCCUGAGUGGAAAAAACUUUAUGAGGAGGAAUUUGAUGAACGAUUUAAUUUACCACAUCUAAGCGAUGUUCUUGAUGUGAAGCCAAGGCCAACAACAUUUGCUCUCCAAAGCAGACAUCACCUAGGUGAGGAUAAUGGUGUACCUUUUGAAAGACGGAAUGACUAUGUGAACAAUGAUGAUAGGACACUUUUAAAGGUUAUAAAGUAUUCUUCUCCAACUUCUGCUGGAGCAGAGUGCAUUGAUCCUGGUUGCAGUUGGGUGGAACAAUGGGUGCACCGUGCUGGACCCCGAAAAGAAAUAUUUUUUGAUCCUGAGGAUGUAAAAGCUGGAAUUGUCACUUGUGGAGGGCUGUGUCCUGGUUUAAAUGAUGUCAUUAGACAGAUAGUGUUCACUCUUGAAAUAUAUGGAGUAAAAAAGAUUGUUGGAAUUCCAUUUGGAUAUCGUGGAUUUUUCGAAGAGGGAUUGCCAGAGAUACCACUUUCACGCCAAGUGGUACAAAAUAUUAAUCUAGCUGGUGGAAGCUUGUUGGGAGUAUCUCGUGGUGGGGCUAGUGUCAGUGACAUCGUAGAUAGCAUUCAGGCCAGGAGAAUUGAUAUGCUUUUUGUGCUUGGUGGAAAUGGCACCCAUGCCGGAGCCAAUGCAAUACAUAAUGAGUGCCGCAAGAGAAAGAUGAAAGUGGCGGUCGUUUGUGUGCCAAAGACAAUUGACAAUGAUAUUCUUUUGAUGGACAAGACAUUUGGUUUUGAUACUGCUGUAGAGGAAGCUCAAAGAGCUAUUAAUUCUGCAUAUAUUGAGGCACACAGUGCAUACCAUGGAAUUGGACUUGUGAAGUUAAUGGGAAGAAGCAGUGGGUUCAUAACUAUGCACGCAUCACUUUCUAGUGGUCAGAUAGACAUCUGUUUGAUUCCCGAGGUACCAUUUAAACUGGAUGGGCCAUAUGGAGUUCUUCGCCACCUUGAACAUUUGAUACUAUCUAAAGGUUCUGCUGUGAUUUGUGUUGCAGAAGGUGCAGGACAGGAUUUGCUGGAAAAAUUAAAUGCAACAGAUGCUUCGGGAAAUGCAGUGCUUGGUGAUAUUGGAGUUCACAUUCAACAGAAGAUCAAGAAACACUUCAAAGAUAUUGGAGUACACGCUGAUGUGAAAUACAUUGAUCCAACAUACAUGGUCCGAGCAGUCCGUGCUAAUGCGUCUGAUGCAAUCCUCUGCACUGUUCUCGGUCAAAAUGCUGUUCACGGAGCAUUUGCCGGGUUCAGUGGCAUUACGACCGGAAUAUGUAACACUCACUACGUCUACCUUCCCAUCCCUGAAGUCAUUGCAACUCCAAGACUCAUUGAUCCCAACAGCAGAAUGUGGCAUCGGUGUCUAACCUCCACCGGCCAGCCCGACUUCUGCUAAAUUCAUUUUUACACAUCUUCAAGAAAGACAAUCAAAAUUGCCAUCUCCAGUGCAUUGGGAUGGAAAGAGUUCCAAUAAUACCCCUUCAAAUACACAAUAUUUUUUUUUGUUGUAUAAUAUCAGGGGCCAUCAAAUUACCCUAUGAAUUCCUCGUUUUACUAUUGAUGAAACAAUAGUAUAAUUUAUACAAAUUUGGCAACAAUAAAAACCACCAAUGCUUGUAACCAAAGUACUUGAGAACUUAUAUGAUUAUUAGGAAAAGCAGCAUGUCAGAUGCGCUUUUUUUUAUAGUA